GUGCGCGAAACAGACAAGGUUAUUAUGCCGAACGGCGCUAGGCUUCCCGUCCUGGACUUUGCAAAUGAACUAAACCAACUCUUCAUCCACUGCCAACCUGUUUUUAUUCUGCGUAAAUCUCAUCAUAUAAGGAGAGGAGCUGGAUUUAUCUGACUGACCCGGUGCCGCUCCGCGCGCAGACAAUAAAGUGGCAGCGAUCUGAUCACAACAAAAGACACAAGAUGACAGAGGGCCGUCAGUGUCAGGUUCACCUCCUCGAUGACAGGAAGCUGGAGCUGCUGGUUCAGCCCAAGCUGUUGUCCCGUGAGCUGUUAGAUUUGGUGGCUUCACAUUUUACCCUGAAGGAGAAGGAAUACUUUGGGUUGAGCUACAUAGAUGACACGGGCCAGAAUAACUGGCUCCAGCUGGAUCGUAAAGUCCUCGAUCAUGACUUCUCCAAGACUUCGGGCCCUUUGGAACUCAAAUUCCUCGUGAGAUUUUACAUUGAGAAGAUCACCUACUUGAAAGACAACGCAACAGUGGAGCUCUUCUUCCUGAACGCUAAAUCUUUAGUGUUUAAUGGGACCAUCGAAGUGGAGAGUGAAAAUGUUUUCAAGUUAGCCGCAUUCGCAUUGCAGGAGGCUAAAGGAGAAUACACAAGUGCUGAGGCUGCCAGAUCUCAGCUGAAGCAGUUCCCAGUUCUGCCCACCAGAGUGUUACAGGAGCACCCAUCCCUCAAUUACUGUGAGGACAAAGUGAUUGAACAUUACAAGAAGCUGAAGGGACUGACCAGAGGACAAGCCAUUGUGCAGUAUCUGGCGCUGGUGGAGUCCCUGCCAACAUACGGAGUCCAUUACUACCAAGUGAAGGACAAGCAAGGAUUACCGUGGUGGCUGGGAGUCGGCUACAAAGGCAUCGGACAGUACGACCUGCAGGAUAAACUCAAGCCAAGAAAGUUGUAUCAGUGGAAGCAGUUAGAGAAUCUGUAUUUCCGCGAGAAGAAAUUUGCUGUGGAAGUGAACGACCCGCACAGAAGGACAGUGACCAAGCGAACGUUCGGACAGACCGGUCUGGUUAUUCACACAUGGUAUGCCAGCCACUCUCUGAUUAAAACCAUCUGGGUGAUGGCCAUCAGUCAGCACCAGUUCUACCUGGACAGAAAGCAAAGCAAAUCACAGAUGACCACAACCCGGAGUUCAGGAGACAUCGCCAUGGACCUCACGGAGAUCUGCGCCCCGCGGAUCAUCAAACUCUCCAGCUUAGAGAACCAGCUCAUUAUGGCCAGCAACGGGAGCCUCAUCUCAGCCGGUUCUGCUGACUCUGAAGUCACAGAUGAACAGAAGAAAGACAAGGUUGUCGAUUUGAAAAAUAAAGCGAAGAACCUCCAAGACACGCUGAAACAGAAACUUGAGGAACUGAAGAAGAUCUGCUUGAGAGAAGCAGAGUUAACAGGCAAGUUGCCCAAAGAGUAUCCCUUGGCAACAGGCGAGAAGGCUCCUCCCGUACGACGCCGCGUCGGGACAGAGUUCAAGCUUGAUGACCUUUUCCCCUACGAUGAGGACCCACAUCUGAGGAAUUUGGAGAGCAGGUUCGCCCUGCAGCAGAAGAUCGUGGAAGCAGCCAUCAAGCUGUCCAACGAGGGCGAGCUCGGGAAGACGGUGAAGAAAAAGAGAAGAAGCAACUGCCUGGACGCCAUGAGGAAGCUGGAGGAGAUCGAGAAGGAGAUCAACGCCUACCGGGUCAGGAAGGGGAGGAAACCCACCCAGAGGGCCUCUCUGAUCAUAGCAGACGACGUGAACCCUUCAGACCUCAGCUCUCUAUCGGACAGCCUCACUCUGGAUGAUGAUGAUGAGCUCAGUUCCCAGAGGCAGCGCUCCAGAUCGGUUCAGUAUUCCCCGAGACCGCACCACGCAGACACGCUGGACAUCCACUACAACAACGACAGAAGGCUCUCUGACCAGCAACCAGACAGCAGAUUAAAUUACGGCCAGGUCCAGGAAUCAGUCCACUACGGUCACCGCGAUGCCUUAUCGAGCCACAGCAGCCUGUUCAAACCGGCUUCCAGACAGCCGCGUGACGCCCGCAGCAUGCCCCCCACCCCCCUCCUCACCCGCAACGCCUACAGCAGCAGCCAGCUCAGAUCGGAGGACGUUCCACAACAUUUCCGCCAGCGCAGUGGCAGCCUGGAGUCCCAGUCUCAGCUGACGGAGGCCGAGCCCCCCGUGCCGACCUUCAGCUUCACCCCCGCCCGACGCAGCAACAGCACCGAGGUCCUCGACGACGGCUCCUCCUACACCAGCCAGUCCAGCGUGGAGUACAGCGUCCCCGGCAACCACACGAACAGGCGCAGAGCUCGCGGCCGCCACAGAAAAGACAUGUACGCCAACACGGGUAGCAUGCCCAACCUGGCUCAGCCCGACAAUCGCCAUGCCAACCAACCGCGAGCCAGACCCACCACCACGGCCUACUAUGUGACGGGUUACCCCAGCUACCCAGAACCAGAGCCUUACGCUAACGGAGUGUACAUGUACGACAACGAGAUGGAGGGACACUACACCGUCAAUCCUUCGUACCACCCAACACAGCCAACUUAUCACAGCCACGAAGUGCACGGUCACUACGGGCACGACGAGAUGGACGGCAUGUCGCAGAACCCGUACGCCACUUUGCGCCCGCCCAGGAAUCGCCAGGUCCCCCGCGGCAACGAGCAGCCCGUCAAGAACUUCCAGAAAGCCAUCGUGGCAGAACAUUUGAGAGGCUGGUACCAACGCAACGCACAACAACAACAACAACAACAACAGCCUGCGUACGGAAACUACGACUACGACAGAGGCUCGCAGCACAGCCUGGGCUAUCAGACCAUGCCUUCAGCCCAGAGCCACAACCACAGGAACAUCGCCUACUCCUCAGUGUCCUCAGCGUCCUUGAGUGGAAACUGGCACGGUCACAUGAGUGUUGGUAGUGCGAUGUCAGAAUACGACAUGCCCGCGCACGCACCGCAGUCCUACUCGUACAGCACAGCGCCCUACAGCCACUCCGCCCACAGCAGAUGUCCCCCAGAGUUUGAGAGGCGGAGCCGUGGUAGGAUGGCGUUCCCUGCACGGCCUUUAGAGUGGCGUGGUGAUGUUUCCUAUGCUACCAAACAAGAGAAAUAAACCCCCCCCUGUCCCCUCCCAUUAUCAGUCCCAGCACAGCAGAAAGGAUCCUACAUAGAUGUCAACCAACACCCGCACGUCAGUGACCAAAUGCACACGAACCCAGAGCCGGACGACAAGAUACAAUGGCACGAAGAUUCAAAACCGGGAACAAUAGUGUAGUCGCCGUCUGUCAUCAUCGCGCUGUUUGAAUUCAUUCACCUUGACAAGCUGUCAUUGUGCCUUAGACUGCACUUACCUGUUUUUCUCUGUACGCGAGGAUCCAAAGAAUGAAGGAACUUAACUUUCGUGAGAGUAAAGGAAUCUGUUGCCAAACUGACCCACAACGCUGUGAUCGUACCGAACAAAAAAAGCCCACGGGAGCGUCUUCGUGUCUGGAUUGGGAGUGCUUGUGGUGAUGAUGAUGCACUGAAACUGUACCAGGACCUGCUGUGGACUGUGUGGUGGAGACGAAGGGAAAGUGGACUUUACAAAGCGAGGAUUACUGAGCCGCUGCGAACAACCCUCCGCCACACACAUGUAUGAACACUGUAACCAUGAAGGAUCGGACAAGGAGCGAUAAGGACAUUAUCCAAAAAAAAUGAAGGAUUGAACUCGUUAUGAAUGAGUCAAAAGGUGAUGGCUACUUCCUGGAACACUCUGCAGAGCCAGUUGUAUUGUAGCUUGUUACUAACACCCACCAUACUCUGUGUUUGUCAUUUACAAAGUAUUCUCACUGUCAGUACUUACAAUACAAAUGAGCCAAAUACUUGUCACCAUUCUGAGUAUUACCCACACUUAAAUAUCACUGCCACAUCUGAUCAGUCACUGCAGAAAGACUUUUUUUAUUUGAACAUGGUUAUUUUCAUCCAUGCUGGAAAUCAUGGACUGGUGCUUCUAAUUUCUCUCAAGAGAAUGAAGCCGUAUGUAAAUGUUGGUUUUGUAAAUACACUGGUUCCGUCUUUUUUUAGAGCAUUUUUAUGUAUUUGAAAAGCAUGUAAUAUAUAGUGAAAACAAUGGUUGUUAAGCUGGUUCUUAGUCAUUUGUACAAUUGCAUUUGUUUGAAUAAAAAAAAUCAGCAUUUA